GCACAACAGAGCCACUCGCAGCCUACCUGCAGAGCUCAUUGGCUGAGGUUACGUCACGUGCCCGCGUCACUUCCGCCGUUAGACCCGCCCUCCCGCGCCCGGCGGCCUUGUGGGAGACCGGAAGUGGGCCGCUAGGGGAAGAAGAUGGCGGCUCAGGGAAAGGGUCGGGUGGGUGGUGGUAAGGAGGAGUGUGUGUCGGGGCGUUCGGGUUCGGAGCUGCUGCUGCACCCGGAACUGCUCUCGGAGGAGUUCCUGUUGCUUACUCUGGAGCAGAAGAAUAUAUUGGUCAAAAAUGAUGUAAAGAUGGACAAAGAUGGGCUUACAGAUCUCUAUAUUCAACAUGCCAUUCCCCUGCCUCAGCGUGACUUACCAAAAAGUAGAUGGGGGAAAAUGAUGGAAAAGAAAAGACAGCAAAAUGAGCCAAAAAGUGAGAAUAAAAGUGUUACAGCGGUGGAAGGAUUAAGGAAACGGCCAUUAAUUGUUUUUGAUGGCAAUUCAACAAGCACAAGCAUAAAGGUGAAGAAGACAGAGAAUGGAGCUACUGAUUGCCUAAAACCUCCCCCAGCUGGAAGCAUCACUAAUACUGUGAGGAGAUUAUCGGCUCCUUCAAAUGCCUCAACAUACAUUUCAGCCUCCAGUUUAUCAGAGGACGCUAAGCUGGAAGUGAGGAAUAAUGAGGCAAAGCAGAACAAUAUUUCAAAGACUAAUAACAGUGUAUUGGUUAGUCUGAAGACACACCCUUUAUCUCCAGUAGCGGGAACUACUGUUGUGAAGUUAAAGAGAUCUGUUCCAAAAGAUGAAUCUGAUUUGCCGAAUGACCUAAAGCCUACAGAAGCAAAAAAGAAAAUCCAGCAUGUUACAUGGCCAUGAAGCAGCUAGUGGUGCUCAAAACAUAAAUGUUACUUCCAUAUUUUCAAACAGAUAAGUCAUAUUUGAGCAAUUUAGGUACACUUCUUUUUAAACCUUGCAGGGAUUCAGAUUGCUGUGAAGUUUUACAAAUUUAAAAGCUCCCUCUUGUAAAUCUGAAGUCAUUAUCACCAGUCACCUUAAGAGCAUCUACUAUUUUAAACCAAGUAAUUUAUUCUCUCUUUAAAAGAUGGUAAUAUUACUAUAUACUAAACCCUCCACUUUUGUUUUUCAAGAUUAUUAUAGUUCAUCUCCUGCACAUCCCUACAGGUCACACACAUAAAUACUCUUUCUUGUUUUAUUUUGUUUUCAGUAAGGUUCACUUUUUGUUCCAGUUCUGGGUAAGUAGUUAAAAAAGUUAUUAAGAUUCAAGGGAUCCCGUGAGUGUUCUUGAUUACAAAAAAGAUAAUUCAUUUAGAUGAGAAAACUGACUGUUCUGCUAAUAAGAUAGUUUGAGACAACUUUCUUUUUCCUUUUUAGUUGCAUAGAAUACGAGCGUAGAAUUCACAGUGCAAGUUAGGUUGGUAAUAAGAGAUGAACUAUUUAACAGCAUUACUUCAAAUUGAAGUUUCUCUUACUGACUUAUGAAAUGAAUGCACAGAUGGUAGUAUGGUAUUAAAUUGUCUGAUAGGAAUCUUUGAGAGGAAGUAGUGAGUGGAUCAGCGCCAUGCUAUCUUAUACACAAAGGCGUAUUUUACACACAUGAAAGUGUAAAAAUGUGCCGAUGUAGAAAAUUUGCUUGUUUUCCUGGUUACAAUCAUGUUGAUAAAAUAUGGGGAAAGCUUA